AUGAAUAACUCCGAACAAGCAAACACAUCUCCACAACAAAAUUGUAUUAUAAUCAAGAGUGAUGAAUCUAUCCGUAAACUUGUCGAAAGCUACUCUCCUACAAAGUCAUCAAAUAACAACAUCUCUUCUGUCAAUGGCGGUUAUAAAAAUAGUUGCCAUUAUCCAAUUGCUGACCAUUCUGCUGAAAGCGUAGAUGUUGUGCAAAAAACCAGCUCUGACUCUUUCACUAUUGAAAACCAUACAAAACAUUUCGCCAGGCUAGGAAUUCAUGCUGAAGGGUUAUGGAAAAGAAAUGUCAUGACUGACAUUUCAAUAAAAAUUAACGACAGAGUAUUUUACGGCCACAAGGCAGUUUUGACCUGUUUUAGCCUAUUCUUUAAAAAGAGACUUCUAACUAGUACGCUACCUAUUAAUAAGGUGGAACUGAUAGGGAUUAAUUCAGAACCCUUUGAUUGUUUAUUGGAGUAUAUGUACACCGGAAAGUUAAGAAUAACUCAUCAAAACGUAGUCGACCUUUAUAUGGCUGCUAAAAAACUUCAGGUAGAAGAGGUUCUUUACAAAUGUUUAGAGUCAAUAGAUAUAAGAAAGAAAGGAGCUCGACAUCCAAUAUUUGCUUAUUCAUCUGCAAAGAAACUUGGCCUUCAAGAUCAUUGGUUACGAGCCUAUCAAGCGAUUCAGGAGAAAUUUGAAGAAGUGGUAAAAAGUUCUGAAUUUUUAUCCCUUGGGGUAGAUGAAGUGUGUGAAAUACUGUCAACCGAUAUUAUUGGGACCUUCAGUGAACUGGUGGUGUUCCUGGCGGCCCUGAAAUGGCUAAAUCAUCAGUAUCCCGAACGGCAGAUACACAUUGUUAAAGUUAUGAGAUGUGUUCGCUUUUCCUUGAUGUCUCCAGAGGAAAUCCUUGGGUGUUUUAACCCUCCUCUAUUUAGCGAGAUACUUGAUUCAUCCGAAGUCUUUACAAUGCUUCUCACGUCCUCCUUAUAUAUCCUAGCGAAGGUGGAGAAGCAAGAGAAACGCUUCAAUGUAUUCGCAGCGCAACCGCGAAACUUCCUUCGUAAAGACACUUCUGUGAGAAAAUGGGACAAAUGUAUGAAAAGUUUUCCUUAUCGAUCGAAGUCUGAGUUAGAUAUGGCUGCUGUUACUAUACAAGCCCAUUUCCGAGGAUAUUGUACACGGAAAGAGUUAAAAUGGAGGCGAGAUGCAGCUGUGAGAAUACAAGCCAGCUAUAGAGGAUACAGUACUCGAAAAACGUAUAGUGGUUUUCUAGGCAAAGAACGGCGACUUGGAAGUGUGUAUUCCUAUACAGAUCCAUUUAAUCCGGAUCCAUGUCUCAACAUCUUGCUAGCUGCCAAAUCAAAUUGUGAAGAAGUUAUUGCCCCUGACUGGUUCAGCUACCCAGCUAAAGUAUUGUCAAGACUGGUCGGAUCAAUACAGAUGACAGAAACACCUGUUAUCUUAGCAACAGGAGGAAUCAACCCAGAAAAGACUUACCAGAUAGUAACUAGUACCUUGCUUUUACGAUACAAUCCACGAAAUACAAUAUUGGAGAGAUGUGAAAAAAUACCAUUACCUCGAAACCACCAUGCAAUGGUUGUGUUGGAAAAAUGUAUCUAUGUCAUUGGAGGAUGUGACUCAAGAGAUAUCCAUGUUGGAGUUCUUGUGGCUUCCAAUGCCUGUUUUCAGUACCACCUUACAACUAACAUAUGGAAAAAACUAAAUAACAUGAACCAUUGUAGAUUAUUUCAUGGAGCAGCUGCCUUGAAUGGAUUGAUUUAUGCUGUGGGAGGAAGAAAUGAUAAUGGAAAAGUUUUAUCAUCUGUUGAGACUUUCAACCCCAAAACUAAUAAGUGGGCUGAACUGGAUUCUCCAUUAUGUUGUCCCCGCAUGACCAUGGGAGUGGUGGCACACAAAGGUCUACUCUUUGUGGCUGGUGGUAUGAUACAGCUAAGCUCAAAACUGUACCAGACUGCUGAUGUGGAGGUUUAUAAUCCUGAAAGGAACAGAUGGUACUUCAAGAUAUCUAAACUUCCUUCACCUCGUUGUUUUGUUACUUUGGUGGACACUGGGACAAAACUCUUUGCUAUAGGAGGUGCCUCACAUAAUAGUUCUCUUCAGAGUUCUUGUGAUGUUUGUGUAUAUGACAAUGAAGCAAAGACAUGGGAGAAAACAAUAUCUUUGCCUUCACCAAGACACAGCGUGGCUGCUGCAUCUGUUGGUGAGAACAUUUAUAUAUUUGGUGGUUUGACAACAGCGGGUAUGAGAGCUUUAAAUGAAGUUUUGGUUUUGGAACCAACUUGUUCUAAAUGGAAGAAAGCAGGCUCUCUCCCCACUCCCAUGGUUGGAUUAGCUACUGUUACAAUCCCUCAAGAUGAGGAGUCAUUAGCCAAGUCACAACAACUGGAGAGUGAUGAAAUUACAAAAUUUAUCCUUUAGUUAAAUGAAAAAACAAUCGAAGUUGGCAUAAAAUUGUAACAAAAGAAGAAAUAUACUAAGUAAAUUGUCGAGAAACGUUUUGUGAAUCAAGAUUAUGAAAUGUUAUACUAUAAAUGCUUGAAACAUUUUGUUAGUAACAUUAUAACAUGCAAACUGUGGUCCUUAUUUUGGUUUUUAAAAUAUGUCAUUUUUGUAAGAUUAUCACUACCACAU